AUGAUGCGAGAGGAAGGUGAUGAUACACAGGACGUGUGGCAAAAGCAUCUCCCCGAAUGGGGUAUUGAAUUUCCAUCCAUUCUGCACCUGAUACUCGCAUUAUCAGCACUCCACUUGGCAUACGAAAAGCCAGAACUACGAGAACAAUACAUCGAAAAAGCAGACAAUCGAUUCAACUUUGGUGUUCGCUCAGUCACAGCCGUCCUCUCCCAACUCAAUGAAGACAACUGCCAGAAGAUCUAUAUAGCAGCUGCUCUGAUCUGUUUCAUUUAUUUCGCGAGAGGUCCGAGACCAGGCGAGUAUCUCAUCUUCAGUGAGAGCGGCCCAUCAGAAUGGCUAGUCCUCAUGAAUGGAGUGAAGGUUGUGGUACAAACCUACCAUGCGAAAGUAUUCAGUGGACUCCUUGAACCAAAGGGCGAUAAGACUUCAUACAAAGUCACACCUGCCAUGCUCAGUGAGCGUCACGAACACAGGGUCCAUCUUCAGUCGGUGCAGCUGCUCAUUGAAGAAGAAGUCUCGGAUCUGCACGAGAGGGAGAUGGGCAUAUCCGCUGUACAAGACUUGUUCAAUAUUAUGGAUGAGGUGUAUGAGAGGGUAUCUGGGGGGAAGAAUGGCGUAUCAUUGAUGGAUUUGGUGAUUGGUUGGCUUUAUCGCCGACCUGAGGAGUUUGUGCAUCUUUUGGAACAGAAAGAGCCUCGAGCUCUAGUGGUACUUGCGCACUGGGCGGUUCUCUUGAAAUAUAUGGAGUCGGCGUGGUUCAUGGAAGGUUGGUCUGAACAUGUAAUGACGGGAAUAUCAGGCUCAUUACAUUUGGACUAUGGGCCUUGGAUAGAAUGGCCUUUGCGAAAAUCCUGUCAGGCUUAA